ACACACAAUCCGCAAUCUACCUAAAUCUCUGAUGGCGUGUACAAGAAGCAUUGAACUUAAAGCUCGAAAGGAAUACUACUUCGUGCCACAAGCUGUGUAUUAGCGGCGUUAUUUCGAACAUGUUAAGCAUUUUAAUCUCUGUAAUUAAUUGCAUAAGGGUGUGUACUGGUUGUGCUAUGGUUAUGAAUUAACAGUACGCGCGUACCAAAAAGAAGAGGGCGGUAGUUAUACGAUUUUUGCACUGUGAAGACCAACCGGAUUUAAGAAAUAAUAAUAACGGACAGGCGGACGUUGAGGAAAGUGCUGAUCUCAGAGACACAAGACCAGGAAGUUUCUCAGGCAGGUGGUACAGGGGGAAGGAAAAGAUCACAGUCAUACAACCUCGUGCUUGCGGUUUUAACGUUAGUGGACUACUGUGAGGUAAAACAAAGGCGUUUGACUUCGUCAUUGUGUGGUUAAUGAAGAAUGAAUAUACUUGGGCCUGGCUUGGGAUUCCUGCCCAUUUCAUUGGGAGUUCUUGCUACUGCCACUUUUGUCAGCACCUACAUCAUAUCAGUAGUGAGAAAUGACGUGGAGGUGUUCUUCCCUUACAUAAGUGACACAGGAACAAAUGCCCCAGAGAGCUGUAUAUUUGGACAAUUCCUGAACCUGUCUGCCUUCCUAUCUCUAGCAACCAUGUAUGUUCGCUACAAACUGGUGAAGGGGUUCAUAAGUGAUGAGUAUCGAGGAAUUGAUAUUCUGAACAAGGUGGCUGCUGGCUUUGGAAUUCUAACGUCAUUAGGGCUGUCCAUGGUUGCAAAUUUCCAGGAAACAAAAGUUGAAGUUGUCCACUUCCUAGGUGCAGGUCUUGUAUUUGGUGGUGGUGUGGUGUAUUCCCUCCUACACUGUGCUAUCUCCUACAAAAUGUACCCACAGUUCAAUGGAGUCUACAUCUGCAGGUGGCGCCUUGCUCUCUCAUUGUUUUCUCUCAUCAGUAUGGUAGUCACCUUCAUAGCAGCGUCUAUAUCUAGAGUGGAGUGGAAUGCAAUGCCAGACCAUCCAGACAGUAGAGUACACUGGAAGCCUACAGAUUGGGGCUACGCACCUCAUGUGGUGAGCACCAUUGCAGAGUGGUGUAUGUCCAUUGCAUUCCUGCUCUACUUCUUCACAUACAUACGAGACUUUCAGAAAGUGGACCUCGGCAUUGUGGUCCAUUUACAGGUGUCACACUUGGACGAAGAACCAGUGAAUAUAAGGAGAAGUCCAGAUGAGACCACACAGCUUCUGAUAUAAGGUGGAUAAAGAGAAGACUGAUUUUAUUAUUAUCAGAAGAUCUUUUUUUUUUUUAGUUUUAUCCCAGAUCUACUUAGUGGUCAUCAGGGAACGUGUACAUAAUUGAUGGAAGAUAAAUUGCCAGUUUAUAGCAUGGUCAGUAACAGCAGCUCACAAAUAGCUAGGUUGACCUCUAUUUAAUAUAUAUCAUUUUAUACAUGAUAUCUAUUUUUCUAAUUCCAGAUGUAACUCAUUCUUUUCAAUUGGUAAAUUGUGAAUUUCACAGAUAUUAUAUUUUUAGUUCUUAAUUUCUGCAAAUUAGAACAUUCCUAUUGAGUGGUAGCAACAAAAUUAAAAAA